UUGCUUCGUAAUUAUCUUGUACCCUCGAUAUGGAGUGGAGGACAGUGGCAGUUAUAGUGUUGGUAGUGAGUUUAUGCUUUUUGGCGAUACCCAUUAGGGUGAGCCCUGAUACUAGCAACGGAGAUCUUAAGCUUUUUCAGAAUUAUGUCAUGCGCUAUAAUAAAUCUUAUAGAAACGAUCCAACGGAAUACGAGGAACGAUUUAAGCGAUUUCUGAAGUCGUUGCGGCAUAUAGAUAAGAUGAAUGGUCUUCGACCAUCACAAGAAAGCGCUUAUUAUGGACUUACUGAAUUUUCUGAUAUGUCAGAAGAUGAAUUUCUGUCGCUAACUCUCUUACCUGACUUACCAGCACGGGGAGAGAAGCACGUGAAUGAAUCUUAUCAUCGCCGACAUCAUUUGUUACAAUCUACUAACCGGGUGAAAAAAUCGGUUAGUAUACCUUUGAGAUUCGAUUGGAGAGAUAAAGGAGUAAUUACGCCAGUACGAAAUCAAGGAUCUUGUGGUGCUUGUUGGGCUUUCAGUACCGUUGAAGUGGUUGAAUCGAUGUAUGCAAUCAAAAAUGGAACUUUGCAUAUGCUGAGCGUACAAGAAAUGAUUGACUGUGCGAAAAACAGUAAUUUUGGAUGCGAGGGUGGGGACAUAUGUAGCUUGCUCUCGUGGUUGUUAGCGUUUAAAGUUCAAAUAUUUCAAGAAUCAACUUAUCCGCUUGUAGGAAAGACGAGUAUGUGUAAACUCGGGAAAAUGAUAGACAAGGCAUCCGGUGUAAAAAUACGGGAUUUUAAUUGUGAUAAUUUCGUAGAUGCAGAAGAUGAGCUGUUGAUAACAGUGGCCACUCAUGGACCAGUGGCGGCAGCAGUAAACGCUUUAUCUUGGCAAAAUUAUUUAGGCGGUGUAAUACAAUAUCACUGUGAUAGUUCCUUUGAUAAUCUGAAUCACGCUGUGCAGAUAGUAGGAUACGACAAAUCAGCUGCCAUACCACAUUAUAUUAUAAAAAAUUCAUGGGGAACAAACUUCGGCGAUAAAGGUUAUAUGUACAUAGGAAUAGGCAAUAAUUUAUGCGGCAUAGCGAAUCAAGUUUCGUCAUUAGAUAUUCUUUAAGGUGAUCGAUAUAAAUGGAGAUGUUUGAAAAAAGUAUUUUAUAUAUCGAUCCUAAGAUGUAUAAAUGUGUUAGAAAGCGACUAUAAUAUUAAUAACAAUAACAUUCGUAAGAUUGUAUUUCCAAUAUUUGUUAUACAAUUGCGGCCAUUUGUAUAUUUUUUACAAAUAUUCUAAUAUAUAUGUUAAAGUAAAAUAAAAUAAAAUAGAGAUUUAUGUCGUCGUUUCUAUAU